AUAAGCCCAAUGAAAAGGUCGACCUUCAAUAUGGCGGCCAUUCAAGCCCAAUGAAUGAAUGAAAAUGGCCGCCAUUUUCAAUAUGGCGGCCAUUUUCAUUCAUUCAUUCUAUUCGAACUGAACCCAAUUUUGUUCAUUGAAAUUAAUUUUUUUUAAAAAAAAAAACAGAACGAGAGAUUGAGAUUGAGCUUCCAGAGGAAGGGGAAACAAGAAAUGGGGUUGGCGGUGAUGAGACACUGGGAGCCAAAGAUUCGAUUUUUACUGAAGCGAAAGGAGGCGGAAAUACGGGAGGCUCUGAACAAGAACACAGAGCUGGAAGCUCUGCUGAGAGGGGCGGAAGCGGAGAAGGAAGCGUGGAAGAGCGCGGCGAUGGAGAGGGAGGCGGCUGCGGGGGCUCUGGAGGCCGAAAUCCGACGGCUGCAGCAGGGAGCUGGAGAAAAGGGGGCGGCGGGCGGCGGGGAGAGGAUGACGGGGGCAGGAGUUGCAAUAAUAGGGAGGAGUGCAGCGUGGUGUUCAUGCCGUGUAAAUCAUGUGAAGGGUUAUUGGAAUGGUGCCCCGGCCCCCUCUGUGUUGGACUGUUAAGAGAAGCGCCAUUCAUGCUCUCCUCUCAUAAUCCCCUGUAGUAAUAGAAAUCUAUCACACAACCAAGUUUUUAUCUUGGGGGA